CGCGGGGGCGGCGGCCGCGGCCGGCACCACCACUGGGCAGCCGACCUGGCCGCCUCCGACCGCGACGCCUCCGACUCCGAGCUGUCCGACUCGGAGCACUUCCUGGCCAAGGGCGCCUUCCUCCUCACCCCCAGCCACGAGCUCAGCAUCGAAAAGGCCAGCAGCAUCUGCGAGAAGAUGAACUUCAAGGGCCUCUUCUCUCUCACCAAGACCGCCACCGGCAUCCUCUUCAAAUUCUCCGAGCCGGAGGACUACCAGGCUGUCUACAAGAAGGGCUUCCACAAGGUCACGGGCGCGCGCUUCUACAAGAAGGUACCGAUCCCCUGUCGGCCGCAGAAGACGUUCACGGUGUUCGUGCUGGAGGUGCCCGAAGACAUCCCCGAGGAGGACGUGCGCCACUCGCUGUACAAGUUCACGUCCGUGGUGGAGGUGACACGCCUGCCCAGGGACACUCCCCUAGGGUCUUCGGCGGCGGGGGCCGCUUCCGGCUCGGCGGCCGGAGCAGCCAGCCCCGCGGGCAGCGCCACACCGCCGCACGGUGGACCCAGCGCCGCUCAAGGCGAGAAGGCGGCGUCCGGCGGGCCGCCGCCGCUGAUCCGCGUGACGCUGGCGUCGCUGGACGAGUCGACGGUGCUGCUGCAGAACGGGCUGGACUUCUACGGCGCCACGUUCUUCCCCACCGAGGCCGCCGUGCCCGGCGCCGCCAUGCGGCCCACGUCGCGCAGGCCCGGCGCCGCCUCCAGGUUGCUUGAUCUGGCAGCAUCAGGACAGAGAGUGAGGGAUAUGCUGCCUGUUUUUGAUGCUGCCGGUUUCACUAAGAUUCCGCCUCCUGCUACCAAGACGAUUAAGCCACGGGGUACCAACUAGAAGGCAUCAUUCAUGUCUCAUAAACGACACUCACAGAUAUUGUGUUUCACUCGUUAGCUGUUACAUACAGUAUAAUGACAAAAUGGCUUCUUUGUACCUGCAGUGCCUUACAACAACAUUCUAUGAAUGAUAAAUAUAUCUACUGGAAGGUGAAUUUACAAUGUUAACAUGGAAAAAACUAGCAAAAUAACAAGAGGCAGUGCUUUUAAACUAAACUGGUGGUUUGUGUAUUCAUUUGCUGAGAAAUAUUUAUGGGAUGUCAAAAUUGCGAAUUUAACAUUAAUUGUGGCAUUAAUAAUUUAUGUAUGGAGAGAGCGUCUGUCUAUAUGCAUUCUUAAUAAAAGCAUUCAUGAGGCGUAUAACAAAUGUAGAUAUAUGUUACUGAUUAC